CUCAUUCAUUCAUCAUCUUCAAAGAGCUCCUAGCGCUGACCGAGCAUCCCCAGCAUGCCGGCAAAGGUCGCCUCAGCCGCACCGCCGGCCACUAGGCCCUCGGUACGACCUUCUGCUCGAGCCGCAAAACCAUCAGCAUCAGCAUCAGCGUCAGCAUCGUCCUCAGCCGCAACGCCGAGCAGUCGUGCUCCUUCGUCUUCUUCGCGCAUCAGUAGGCAGGCAAAAAGUGCUACGUCAACGGCUACGACGGCUACAUCGACCAGCUCCGUAUCAGCCUCGACGUCAAGAGUGCCCAUGGACAGGCAAGCUGUAGUGGCAGCAUUCAAGUCCUCGGAGACGGCAACAUCGCGAGCCAUUGCUGAGCUACUCCACCAUCUCGAGGUGACGUCACAUCAGCUCGACCUCGAGCUGCUCCAGCCUGUCGCAACCGUAUCGGUAUCAUCGGAGCCCACGCUGCCCACGAGGGAAAGCGUCCAGCUAGCCAAAGAGGUCGUCAACGCCUCCUUUGCUGCGAUCGGGCAGCUCUGCGCGGCAAACACGGCCAAGACACAAACAGAGCCGCCUUCAAUGAACCUCCUGCACCUCGUCGACGCAUUCAGGAUAUCACUGCGCGUCGUAUUUAUCGCCAAGAGCCAGCAGACGGCCGCCUCGACGUCGAAUCGCUGGCAGACGCACCAAGUCGCUCUCACCCAUCUCAAGCGCUGUGUAGCCCUCGGCGUCGUAGCGGGCCUGAGGUUAGAAGUGGCCUAUAUACGGGCACAGAUGCAUCAUCAGUCUUCGAGACAUCAUCUGCCCCCUGAUGCCGAAAUGCUCUACUACGAUCGCCCACAAGAGGUGGACAAGGCGCACUGCACGCUCGUACUCGAACUGCAGAGCCUACUGUUGAACCACCUGGCAGAGGGCAACCACAACGUCUCGGCGGGUGGCAUCAACUGCCUCAUCUCUGCCAUUGCAGGUGAAGAGCGAGGCGUAGCAGCCUGGUUCGCCCUCUCACCCGACAGCCCCGCAGCACAACGCCUCCCCUUUGCCGUGGAGCGAUGUCUCAGCAAAGUGGCCCAGGCCCUACCCAACAGUGACGAGGGGAGCGCAACGGCUAUCCUGCAGGCGCGUAAAGUGGGUAUCCUCUGGCUUCUAGGCGCAAAUCUGCAAGGCGCGGACGAGGCGACCACCACAGCGCGGCGGGCGCAGGUUGUGGCGCGCAUCGAGCGAAUGGCAGUAUCUCACUGGAAGGAGGGGAACGCGAGGCAGGCACAAGGGGAGAAGCAGGCGAUGUGGGCAGAGAUCGAUAGUGCGCUGCGGGAGAUUGAGGGGAAGGCGGGCGAAGAGUGGGAGGGGAUGAAGGAGUGGACCAAGUUGAAGGAGACGUGGCGAUGGCUUGCGGUAAAGAAUGGGGACGUGGCUGCCGUCUCACGGCUUGACGGCACGCAGACUCUCGCAGCGUCGCCCGCCGCUCCCUCGGCAUCGUCGUCCGCCGCUCCCUCGGCGUCGUCGUCGUCAUCAUCACCCGCACCACAAGAUCCUGCCGCCCUCUACGCUCAAGCGAUCCAAUCAUGCUCAUCCGCCGUCGCCUCCCUCGACAUCGUCCGCUCCGACCCAAACAGCACAGUCGCAUCCGUCACUGCCUCGCUUGAAGCCGCAACAAGAUCCCUCCUCUCCCUCCUCGCAUCGAGCGAAGCGUCCUCGGCCCGCAGCAUAGCGCUCUCGGAUCGACAAACCCUCCUCAAACUCCUCGACCGUCUCCGGCGACGCUGCUGUGCUUCCCUCUCCCACUGGCUCACGCAAAGCUCGCCCUCGCCCUCAUCCGCCAGCCCGCCCCUCGCCCUCUUCCAAGCAGGUCUGUCCGCCGAGUCUCAGCAGCUCACCACCCUCGUCCGCGCCGGCGGCACGCACUCCGAGAUCGCUGCGGGCAUGACGGGGAAUUCGGCCGGGUAUCGCACCUUGGGGCUGAGCAUGUACGAUGCGGGGAAGGAGGAGGAGGCACUCCGUUUCCUUGAUCUGGGCGUAGCUGCUCUUACUGGCUUGGUGGAGGCGGAUGGCGGGCAGAGCACCUUCUCGAGUUUAGUGGCGCAACAGCUCGCCUUGCUGGAGGCGGCGCUGUACCACGUCGGGGGGAGGGUCUACACCGCGAGACGGUACGCCCUCGCUGUGCGCUUUAUUGAGGGGGCGGCACAGGCGGGAGAGGAGGCGCUGCGCCUUUGCUUGCGCGAAGCAGAGGAGGGCGAGGCGGGCGAGCUGAGGGAGGGCGAUGCGAGGGAGGGCGAUGCGAGGGGAGGGAAGCAGGAGGACCUCAAUGCUCGAGCGCACAGCCUCUACAAGAAGUGGGACUACGCAGCUGCAUGCCAUAGGAUGCUCGCCCGCCCCAAGGAGGCGCUCCAGGCAUUGCGGCGCUCUCUUCUUGCCCUGCCCGCGAGUCAGUGGGAACGUCUCGAGGUGCUCGCCGCGACCAAGCCUGUGGAAGAGGUGUUCGACAGUACAGAAUACGCGACAGUCGCGCGUACCCUCAGGACUCUCUUCGAGGUGUCCGUCUUCGAGCUUCUCGCCCCCACCGAAGGCGAAGAGGGCAUAGCAGCCGUACUGCAGUCCAGCAAAGCGAGCCAGACUGCGCGGGCGCUCUGUCUCGAGUACCUGGCAAGUUCGAGCUGGACACAAGGGCGCAUGCACACCGAGGGAGCGGAACAAGCCGUUCAUUCGCUUCUCGCCACUCUGACGGAUCUUUGCGAUUCACAAGCCUCACCACUCAGAAGGGCCAGGGCACUACUGCAUCGUUUCGAGAGGGCAGCCUUAGCCGCUGGCCCAGGCGAAGAUCUGGCCCUCGGCAAGGAGAUCUUCACGUUGCUCGAGGCCAGUGAUCUUGCACAGGAUGCGGGACUCGCGCCUCAGCUACCCAUUCUCAAGUGUCGAUAUCGCCUGCUGGCCAUCUUCGCCUUCGCAGCUGCACACGGGGAGGGGGAGGAGUCGGUGAAGCGGGUCGAGGAGUUGACGAAGCUGGCCAGUGAGAGCGUGAGGGAUCUGUUUGAGAUUUCGGCGUGCACGGCCAUGGAGAAGCGGGGAUCGCUGCCUGGCGGGAGCGCUCAGCCGCAAGGGCGUACGCCCCCGCUGCGCACGACGGAGGCGCCGAAGCAGGUACAGGCCAAGGCUAGCGUGAGGACGAGGGUGGGUCAGAAGGUGGGAGCAGCGAGUACUACGGCGACUAGAACAACGACUGCGGCUACAAGGUCACGCGCCGCCGCCAAGCCUGCUCCUACAGCUUCUUCGACGGCCUCGAGAGGCAAGCCAGUCCAGAAGCCUCUUCAAUCAUCAAAAUUCAUCGCGUCGCCGCCAAUCGCGCCGCCACCAGUCACGCCUCCGCGCAGGACCACCCUCGCUCGCAAGCCUGUGGAAGGGUCGGCGGGGCUGAUCCCUCUCCUUGAGCUCACAUGCGACUACCUGUCUGCGUAUGGCCAGACACUACUCAGCGUCGAGCUUCUCCAAUACCUUCGCCGGCUCACGAGCGGUGGCGUCGACACAGAGACGUGGCAACGCGCCACCCUUGCGCUUGCGAAGCAUCAAAUGUCUCUUGGCCGCACCGCACGCGCAGAGAGCCUCCUUUCAGCGCUAGAGAAGGGUCCGACAGAUCUGCAAUGCGCUGUCACACUGCUGCGAGCUCAACUGGCGCAAGGCGACGAAGCUCUCAGCCGGUACAGCGAAGCUGUGGACCUUGCUGCGUCGCUGGAUGAAGAGGGCGAAGAAGCGCCGCGCGCUGGGCUGAGCAAGGUACUGAGCAAGGUAGCGCGAUAUCGCAGAGUGUGCGCUGCUGCGGAGGCCUUUUCGCAUAUCGCGGAGCAGAGAGGCGACGGGACGCGCGCGAUCGAGGGGGCCUUUCACGCGGCACAGUAUGCUAUUCGAGCCUCUUCCCUCUUGGCAAGGGUGACGACCUACCAGGGCGAUUCGACAGGCCAGGCACAAGCAGAGGACGCCGUCGCGGCAACGACUACGCUGCAGAGUAGCCCGGUGAAGGACCCUGCGCGCGCUGCCGCCGAGGCGCAGGAGGCUGGCGGCGCAGCGACGCUGGGCACCACCACAACGUCGACGAAGCGCGCGCAUCGCCUCCUGUCGGUGCGUAUCGCCUCGACCCAUUGCCAGGUACAGCGGGACCUCCUUAUUAGCUUCCAUCGUCUCGCCCACCUCUACCAACUGCGCGGGUCUGCACGGGACGCCGAGCUCUUCGCCGGCGAAGCGGUCGAUCUGGCCACGGGACUUCGGCUCAGCCUCAGCACGUCUCAAUCCCUUCUGCUCCGCGCUGAGGUGCGUUUACAGCUGGGGAAGCGCAAGGAGGGGGAAGAGGACGUGGCCCAAGCCAUUGGAUUGCUCAGUGACGUUUGGCUGCCGGAGGCGGCGACGCUGGCGUGUAUACAAGGGGAUCAACUGGCCAGGAGGGACGAGACGAGGGAGGAGGCGUUGAGAGCUUACAAGACGGGACAGGAGACGGUGCGCGCUCUCCGUCGGGCAUACACUGAGGUGGAGUCGGUCCUUCCCUCGCCCUCACCCUCUACUCGCGGAAUUCCGACUUCGACGAGCUCGCGCUCCUCCCUCGGCGGCAAGACGCCGCGAGGUAGCACUGCGGGAACGUUGACAGAAGGUCUCCUUGCAGAAUUGCACUGUCGUCUCUUGCGACGUCAAGCUUGGCUCCUGCAGGUCUUGGGCAGGCACGAGGAAAGCGAGGAGACGAUGUCCCAGGCGGAUGCCAUGCAGCCGCAGCCUACCUCGGAUGAUCAACUUGCCUGCGGGCGAUUGGAGCUGGACAAGGCCCUCAGAGGUAUGAAGACCGACGCGGUCUGGAACAUGGUCUCCGAUGCGGUGGUUGCCCUCCCCUCGAGCAAUGCAGUAGCGGUCAAGAGCCGCGCACGCACGGUCCCUGCUUCUUCAACCAAGGCGGUCCUCGCCUGUCUGGCAAAGGCGGAGCAGACAUUCCAGUCCGUCACGCAGGAUGUCACGCAAGGCUGCGCCGCCGUCUCGCUCCGCCGAGCUUGGAAGGGGCUCGCACUCUCCACCAUGCUGCACAGGACGCUCAGCCACGACACGCCCGCGCUCGAGGACAUGCUCAAGAUGCUGGAUAGCGCCGCGGCCGUUACACUGCAGCGCGAGGCGGAGCAUGCCGUUUGGUCGAAGUUGGAGGUGGGAUCCAAGGAGGCGUGGUUGCGUUGGCAGCAGGGAGCGCCCGGAGCGGCCGUCAAGAAGACGAAGCGUACGCAGCUUGUAAAGGGGAGAAAGCCGGCGCGCCUCUCGCGAGCGCACACGCCGUCGAGUGACGAGGAGGGCGUGGAAGCAGAGGAGGAGGAGGAGGAGCAGAAAGGCGAAGCGCCAGCGUGGCGUGCCUUCUGGAAGGAGAAGCAAGACGGUCUCGCUCCGGAGCUCCACCUGCCCGCAAACUGGACGGUCAUCUCGCUCAGCCUCUCGCGCGAACGCAACUCCCUCGUUCUCAGCCGUCGCUCCGCCUCUUCACCGCCCAUGGUGCUCUCACUCCCCUUCGACCGACGGCGAGACGAGGAAGACGAAGAGGACGAGGAAGCGACGCCCUUCGACCUGGAUGCGGCACAGCGCGAGCUCAAAGCCAUCGUUGACGCUAGCAACGCCCUCACCUCGUCGGCGCGCAAUGUAUCGGUCUCGCAGGACAUGGAACAGCGCAAAGCCUGGUGGACGUCGCGCCGGGAGCUCGACACACGGAUGAAGGUACUCUGCGCAGCCAUCGAGGAGCAGUGGCUCGGCCCCUUCAAGAGCUUGUGGGGCGAUGCAGCUCCCCCCUCUGAUGCGAUGGGUGGCCUCCGAGCCAGCUUGGACGGCAUCGUUCAGCGUAUGUGCUUCCCGCACGCAGCGGGCAAGCAGCGCAGUGCGGCGGCGGCGGGAGCGGCGGCAAAGGUACAGCUGGACGAAGCGGUCUACGAUUUGGUCUCGCGCGUCGUGCCCUCCGCCACGAGCGAUGAGGAGUUGGAGGAUCUGCUCAACUUUAUCAUGGAUAUUCAUCAGCUCAACGGCGUGCCAGUGCCUGUGGAUGAGGCGGAUAUGGAUAUGCUCGCGUACGAUUUGCGCGCCGCGCUUGAGGAGUAUCGUUCGGCCAGCGCACGAGAGAGCCAGCGCAGCCAGCAGGUCGGCAACGAUAGGAGCGGUGACGGCGGCGGCAGCGGCGACGCUGGCGCGCCUCACCUCUUCUUGGUCCUGGACAAGGAUACGGCCGCCAUCCCCUGGGAGUCCCUCCCCUCGCUGCGAGGCCGAGCGAUCUGUCGCGUUCCCUCACUCUCCUUCCUCGCCGACCGCGUCGAGAUGGCUCGCCGGCUCGGCGCUUCACAAGGUGGGGACGGGGCCUUCCACCUGUCUCGCUCUUGCCGCGCGUACUACCUGCUCAACCCAAGCAAGGACCUCACAAAGUCGCAAGAACGCUUCGAGCCGUACCUCCGCUCCAAGACAGGCUGGCGCGGCGUCAUCGGGAGGGCGCCCGCUCCCAACGACUUUGGCGAUGCCCUUUCCUCGUACCCGCUCGUCCUCUACUUUGGUCAUUCGGGCGCUGAGCAGUACGUUCGGGCGACAAAGCUGCGCUCGAUGCAGAGGUGUGCAGUUACCAUGCUCUGGGGCUGCUCGAGCGCGGUACUGCGAGAUCAGGGCGAUUUCGAUCGGACGGGUACCCCGUACAACUACAUGAUGGCCGGCAGCCCGUGCGUUGUUGGCCAGCUGUUCGACGCGACGGAUAAAGAGCUGGACAGCGUUUCGGAGGCGGUGCUGGUCAGGUGUGGGUUGAAGGAGGCAGAGCGAGAGGAUACAGGGAGGGAGCAAGGCAAAGCGAUAAGCUUGGCGCAGGCCGUCGCGAGCAGUCGAGACUCGUGCCGCCUCCCCUAUCUCACCGGAGCGGCGCCCGUCGUCUAUGGUGUGCCAGUCUACUUCGAUCGCGAAUAGACGCGCGCCUCGUUCUUCAACCCCUGCUCUCUCAGCCUCGCAUACUCGGGCGGGUUCCACUGAUCUACCUCGCUCCCUUUCCCGUCCCCCCUGAGCCGAUCGGCGAUCCACGGCGUCGAGCAGAGGCGUGCGAGGCAAGCUAAAAAUGUACGCAGGACGGUCACCCCGAGCCAGGAGGAAGGCAGCGCGAUACCCGGCAGCAGACUGCCCAAUGGAAUCUCCUGUGCCUUUUCAACAUGCUCUCGAUAGAUUUUCUCGUAGCGUGAAAAGGCUUGAGGGAUCCGCGUCGCGUCAUCUUCGAGGAUAGAUAGCUCCCCCGCCAGUGUGUAAGCGCCCAGGAUGGCGAGGGGAGCUCCCAUCCCUGUGAGGGGGGUGGGACAGUACGCCGUGUCGCCU